UGCAAGGGUCGAAUGAGCCCCUCCCGGACUUCAUUCAGAGAAUGCAGGACUAUACAGCCGCACUCACCCAGGUCAAGGAACAGCAAGAGGCUGCCGCAGCCGAAAGACUACGACUAGCAGAGGAAGCUGCAGCACAAACCCGGCGUCAAGCCGAGGCAGACUGGUUGGCGAUCCAUCAGCUCAACGCCGGCAGCGCUGAACUUGUAAGUGCUAACCAAGCACAAUGGACAGCGGUGCUCAACGGGAUGCGUUAUGUCCCGGUACCCGGCAGCGAGCCGACAACAGUACAGCAGGAGAGGCAAGACCUGGCAGAUAUUCUACUCCCUACAUUGCGCGCCGUCAUUUGGAGCAGCACCAUGGGGGAGCUGCAUUCCCAGUCCACACUGCAGCUUCAGCUCGAUCUGAGCCACAAGGUGAAGAUACUUGCAGCAGCUGUCAAGGUCGCAGACAACCAGCUGAAACAGCUAGAUGCACGCAUUGCUACCUUGGAGGUAAGGCCUCCCCAAGCAGCGCCAGGCUGCACGACAGAUAUGACAGACAUGGCGAAGCAGCUCAAUGGGCGCAUCGAUCAUGUUGUCAAUCUCAUCGGCGACAUAGGUGUUUUCAAUGGGCCGGACACGACCAGUAGCACGGUGGCCGCCAUCAAGACGGACAUCACCAAGCUGCAGACGAAACCGGACGCCGCCACGAAGAAUUGCAAGAUGCCGCACUUCGACAUCAGCAAGUUCAACGACCACAACAACACGGACGCUUUGGCAUGGUGGCAACGUUUCCUCAUGGAAGCAUCAUGCCGCACUGUCCCGGCCGACGACAUGAUGAAGGCGCUAUACUUACAACUGAUUGGAGGAGCGCAGGCAUGGAUGAACCAUCUGGCGACUACCCACAAAUGCACCAUCGCCGAACUCCACACGCACCUCACGUGGAAAGAGUUCGAGAAGCUAUAAAUUCGUGACGCCAUUGCUCGGAAUGACGUCGAGGAGAUGGGCCUUGUAUUCUUGCAUGCUCUCCCCUCGCCGGACGGACCAGCCGCGUCACCGCCGGACCCACGCAUUUCUCACCUCUUGGACGAGUAUAGAGACGUCUUCGAGGCUCCCACCGGAACGGUUCCGGAUCGGCCCAUACGUCAUGGGAUCACUCUCGAGGCUGGCGUCCCUCCGCGUGGAUGUAUCUACCGCAUGAGCGAAGAGGAACUCGAGGUGCUUCGCGCACAACUCGAUGACCUUCUCGACAAGGGCUGGAUUCGCCCUAGUUGCUCGCCAUACGGUGCACCUGUUCUCUUCGUCCGGAAGAAGAACAAAGAUCUACGGUUAUGCAUCGAUUAUCGGAAACUUAACGCACAAACCGUAAAGAACGCCGGCCCUCUCUCUCGGAUUGAUGAUCUUCUUGAGCGGUUAGGCGGCACGACGUACUUCUCGAAGUUGGACUUGAAGUCAGGUUACCACCAGAUUGAAAUCCAACCUCAAGACCGGUACAAGACCGCGUUCAAGACGCGGUACGGGCAUUUUGAGUGGGUUGUCAUGCCCUUUGGCCUCACCAAUGCCCCCGCAACUUUCCAAGCAGCAAUGACGACUGAGUUUCGCGACUUGCUCGAUCGCAGCGUCCUCAUCUACCUUGAAGACAUCUUGGUUUAUAGUAGGACGUUGGACGAGCACAUCAUACACCUUCGCGUUGUUCUGGAUUGUUUGCAACUCGCCAAGUACAAAGCGAAUCUCGAUAAGUGCGAAUUCGCCAAGCACGAGCUUGAGUACUUGGGUCAUUUUGUCACGCCGAAAGGCAUUCGUCCCUUAGCGGACAAGAUCCAAGUCAUCGUGGAUUGGUCGGAACCCCGUUGCACGAUGGAUGUAUGCUCUUUCAUGGGUUUGGCUGGAUAUUAUCAGCGAUUCAUCGAGUCACACUCGAAAGUGGCUGCUCCUUUGUCGAGACUUCAGUCCCCGAAGGUGCCCUUCGAGUUCGACGACGCAGCCCGUGGCGCGUUCACUACGGUGAAGGCAGCAAUGCAAGCCGCACCUGCCCUCCGUAUAUACGACCCCACCCUACCCACCCAAGUGACUACGGACGCUUCGGGAUACGGUAUUGGUGCGGUGUUGGAACAGUGUCACGAGGACGGUUGGCAUCCGGUCGAGUAUUUCUCCCAAAAGGUGCCUCCUGUCAACACUCUCGAUGACGCUAGGAAGAAAGAGCUGCUCGCGUUCGUCACCGUUCUCAAACGGUGGCGCCACUUUCUUCUUGGCCGGCGACAUUUUGAAUGGAAUACGGAUAACAAUCCGUUGACCUUUUACAAAACGCAGGACACGGCUGCCGACAUAGACGUCCCUUGCUCUCCCGCUUCCGUUCGAAAGUACUGGGACUUGCUGAUCAAAGCCCGCGCGAAUAUGCAAAAGGCUCAGAUCCGCAUGCAGCAGCAGGCUAACCGACGUCGACUUCCAUGUCCUUUCCGCGAGGGAGACCUUGUUUGGGUCCUCUCCGAGGAAUUUGCGCUUGAGCAGGACGUUUCGCGCAAACUCCUUCCGAAAUGGUUUGGACCAUGGGAAAUCACUUCUGCCGUUGGAGACGACCCCACAGGUCCUUCCUUUGUGGUCAACAUUCCUCCGCACCUUCCAGUGCACCGGGUCUUCCACGCGUCGAAGCUGGCCAUCUACACGCCACCUCCUGCCGACGAGUUUCCCGGCAAUCGAUCAGAGGAUCCGCCUUCUAUGGAUGGACAUCAGGAAGUAUCCGAUUGUGAUUGCAAGCUAAGCCGGCGGGACAUGGAACAGACAGCAGGGUUCCGUGCCAUGAUGGCUCACGACGAGUGGGCACUUGAUGUUUUACUGCGGCUGUAUGAUCCUCUCAGGCAAUUUUCAUCGUCUUCGAAAACACGGCAUGUCAUAUCACUAUCAUCAAGGCACAAAUUUUCAAAACUGCCUUGUUAUUACUCAGAUUGUCGCAAACGUGCAGGUGUUCUGCUAAGCUCUGAUGAAGGUUUAUCACAACGGCCAAGUCUAGCAUGCUCACAGGAGGAGGAAGACUGUGAAUCAGCAUCCACUUCAUCAUAUGAGUCAAUGUCGUCUUCAUCAUCAGAAUCAUCUUCUCGAGUAGCCUCGCCUGUUGGCAAGGGAUCAUGGUGGUUAGACGAAGGUGACGACAACGAAGAAGGAGACGAUGAUAUGGUAUUGUUUCAGCGGAGGAGCUGUCCACCAAAGUUCAAAUGCAGACAAUGUUCUCGUGUUUGGUGCAUGGCAUGUGGUCCUGUAGACGUGGGGGUAACUCAUCAUGAGAUGACAUCACACGAGUGCAGAAGGAAUCAUCGGGGAAUCUUCGAUGUCUUUGAGAGUGUGAGGAUCUUAGAAGAGGCAUGCCGAAAGUAUGAAAGUGGGCCAAAUUCAGAGAUAUGCGGCAAGGCUAAGCACGUCAAAGGGCAUGGACGUAGCAAGCACAAGGACAUCCAUGGUGUGUUGUCUGCGGCGGUGAUGCAAAAGCAAUCCUACUCUGUGGCGGGAGAGACAAGUUUCAAAUACGAUGAGGACGAGUCUGAGUGGGCUAUGUGGCCGAUAGAUGGAUUAUCAGAUUCCAUCUCGGAGGAUGACAGUGACUCGAUGGAGGACUGGGGAUCAUUAAAUGGCUUUCUGGACUUGCAACCGUCGAAAACUGGGCUCCCUGCAAUGUUACAUGGCUUCCCUGCAUUUCCACCGCCCAUAACUGGCUUACCUGCAUCGUCAGUGACGAAUGCAGUGGCGUCACCCCCACUAGGAGGGUGGACGUUGCCUGCAAAGCCAAUGCCUGCUCCUGCUCAGGCCUCACCGAUGAUGGAUAUGGCAGCAGGUUUGUCUAUGCUGACCAAGAAUGCCGUAGACUUGCAUUUGUCCAAAAGCAGUGUGCAAGGACAGGGCACUGAUGGAGGAGGACGAGGACGAGGACGAGGACGAGGACGAGGAGGAAAUGAUGGCUCUGUGGGCUCCAGCAAGAGCAAAGCAGGCAGGGGGAAUGGUGUGACGAGUCUUACUGGCAAGCUUAAGUUGCUGAGUGGCAGUAUGCCAUGGCACAAGCGGCGUUCAGGAAAAACAGUUUGGGCGGCAGGAACGGGGUUUGGCGGGGGUGAAGAUUGGAGCAGUGGUAGCGGUUGCUUGCGAAAGGGUGGAAAAGGUAAGGGUGGAAAAGGUGGUCCAAGUUGGAGUCCCUCUGGUUGGGAGGAGGUGGUGAACAAGCUUGUAGAGCCUGCCCUUCACUCGUUAGUCGAGUCGAUCCGCGCCGUGUUGAGCGCAGGCGUAGAAACUAUAGGGGAAACUGAGGCAGGUCUGAGCACUGCAGUAUGCGCGCUCGUUGUCACAAAGGGAUCGAUUGGGAAGCUAGUUCGCCGUCUUGCGCAGAACGACUCUAUCUUCGAUGUCUGUGAGCGCCGUAGCUUGUAUGGGGCAUUCUUUCGUCUUCUGAGAUUGAUUGCCAACCAUCGCGAGCUUCUACCCCUUGUCUUUGGCCCUGUGCGGUCUAACGUCAAAGAGGACUGGGAAGGGGGGCCUGAUGUAGAGAGAGGGAAGGCGAGUGGCAGUGGGUGCAGUAGAGGAAAGGCCAGCCUGGGUUCUCAGGAGGAGAAUGGAGGGGUAGGCAUGAAGGAUUCUGAAACGGACGACAAGGAGGAAGGGGUUAAAGAGGAAGAGACUGGCGUGGUCAAGUUCCUGGACAACUUGUACCGGCAGGCGUCUCUGAUGCGACACAGUGCAUUGAAGAACUCCUUUGAGGAUGCAGAUGAGAACGCUGCCGUUGAUCUGUGCCUGGCAGCAGAGCUCUGUGAGUGUGUCGAAAUGUUGAGGAGUGCAGCCGAACAGUGGAAUGUGGUCACAGAGAGAAGCAAGGGGAGCAUCGGACAGAACAAAUGUGAGGGCAUGGAUGUUGAAAGAAAGGAAACGGAGAACAGUGUAAGCAAUGCCGGGACAGUCUCGGGGCAUGACAAAGAGAUCAUGGCUGUUGAUGUUAGGAGGGAAGAUGCCAAAAUGCAAGAACGUGUUGGUGAGAGCCACAAACAACGAUACAAGGAGAUUAUGGGACCUCUGCAGUUUCUGCAGGUGCAGAUGAUGGAUGACAAGGGCGAGUACAGACAUUACUUCCGGAAACAGAUUUCUGGAGUUGAGGAAGGUAGCUCUGGAGCUCGGUGGAAGAGGAAAAGGAAUGGCAAGAAUGCGUGGGCUGCAGAGGAAAGUUCUUCGGCCAUAGACAAGAGCGGAGUUCAUAACCGAGGUCGUAUGGUCCGGUUAUCCAAGGAGGUGGCGGCAUUAUCAACAACACUGCCAAUGGAAUGGGAAUCAUCCAUAUAUGUCAGAGUUGAUGAGGUCCGGAUGGAUGUCUUGAAGGCUUUGAUAGUGGGCCCAAAGGGUACACCAUACAGCAAUGGGAUGUUUGUGUUCGACAUACUGCUUCCACCAGACUAUCCCCAAGUGGCUCCUCAGGUUCAGUUCCUGACAACUGGUGGCGGAAAAGUUCGGUUCAAUCCGAAUUUGUACGAGAGUGGCAAAGUGUGCCUGAGCUUGCUUGGAACAUGGUGCGGACCUGGUUGGAUUCCAGGCAAGUCCACAGUGCUUCAAGUGCUGGUAAGUAUUCAGAGUUUGAUCCUGGUUCAGGAUCCGUACUACAAUGAACCAGGCUAUGAGCUCCGGGCACAGUCGUGGAGCUUGGCCGUUCAAUAUGCGAACUCUCAAAGGAUUAACACGAUGCGUCAUGCAAUCUUGGCAGCACUUGUGAAACCCCCCGCAAUGUUUGAGGAUGUUGUGAGGACGCAUUACUCGCUGAAGCGUGAAGAAAUUAUCGAAGAGACUCGGGCAUGGGUCCGAGAAAUCUCCGGUUCCGGUCACAAUCGUGCGCUAACAGGUGGUGACAUGCGAGACCUCUUUGGGUUCGGUAAUCCUAAUCCUCAGCACACCAACAGCAACGAGAUAGAGAAGCUUGCUCAUGCCAUCGAACUCGAGCUGAAUAAACUUCCCUGCACGGUAUAGAGUUACAUUGUUUGUUGGCGAUGGUGAGUUGAUGUCUUUUGGGCUACGUAAAGACGUGGAAUCAAGUGCUAGCUUCCUGGAAGUAAAGUCAGACACUUUGAAGCAGUGGAAUAAUCGAGGUGGCGAAAGUGUUGCCGUCUGUUCUCUGUGCAGGGGUAUGUUGGGUUGGUGGUGAUGAGAUGAUCUCUGUUGGGGAUGUGUGAAGAACUGGACUCACCUCUAAGCAAAGGAUCACAGCCCAGAGAUUUUGAAGAGGUGUAAUGAUCUUUUGUCUGCCUAUCCGAAUGAUGCUGUGAGCACCAGCAGAUGCUUGGUUCAGAUUGAUGAAGCAAAUAAAUCAGUGCGGAUUUAGUCCAUGUGGAUGCAAAAAUUGCAUCCAAUGAGGAGGAAUGCUAGGAGAGAUGCUGCCGAGCUCUGCGGUUCGAAGGUGAUCGAUAUGUGGGUUGUGGACGUGUUCAAUCAAUUAAUUGCCUGAUAUGGGUCAAUCAGGCUGUGUGGCGAGCAACAGUGUUGCUGCGGUUGGAAUUGAAUCACAAAACUGUAUUUUAGAGGUUUGUUGACGACAAUAGUUGUUGCCAGGUUCACUAGAGAGUAUUUCAAUCUGGAGUCUGUACCAUGUUUCUUGGCAGUUGCUGCGGGUCUGAUGGCUUGGAUCUUGGGAGCAUGAGCAUUUUCGGUGACGAAACAUCCAGUUUGCUGAAUGCAAGUGAUCUCUUGCUGCUGCAAACGUUUCUGCUAAAGGGUCAGCUUUUGCUGCUGUAGCUGUAGAUUUUGCUGCUGCAGAGGACUGGUUGGUGUGUCCUGCUUUUGAGGCGUUGCUGUGUGCCAUAAUUGUGGACGAGGGAUGACAGCAGCUACAGCUUUUGCUGCUGCGGAUGUGUAGGAGUAUUGGUGACAGUCUUAACUUCUGCAGAAGGCGGAGUCAUGCAGAUAGAGACAGGGUAUGGCUGAUUGUCUGCAGGGAAGCAAAGUCUUUUUUUUGUCGCUUGUUUCUUUUAAGGUUUUCCACUGAGGAGUACGCUAGGCUGGUUUGGAGAAAGCUAGGCUCUGCCCAGCCCAGAAGUUCUGCUGCCAAGCAAUCAGUUAGCUACAUGCAGUCAUAAUGAGCUCUGCUGGCAAGGUGGUUUUUGGUUUAUGGAAUUCUGUCUGGUAUGCUCUGUCUCCGUCGUAGAUUUUCCUUUGUUGCAUAAGGGAGGUCUGCCAUUUAUGGCACUAUGUCUGGAGAUGGUCUGUAAAUAAUAAGUCGAUAGGUGUCGUAUGAAACAACUUUUUGCCGACGACAUGGUCCUCGGCGAGCUGACCUUCGGAGUUGGUAGAAGUGUUCUUUGGAGCUAGUGCUAAGUGGCUGCAACUCGCAAUGUGCCGAGGUCCCUCUGGGAGUAAUGCAGUUGUCUGUACAGGUCAAAUGCGACAAAAUGACUAGUGCGUCAGAUGUGAUAAUGGUAGAAUGGCUAGUGCAGAGGGUGUUUAUUAUUUUGUUGCUCCCCUUGUUAGUGAGCUGCAGGGAGGUAGGUCCACAAAGCAAUGAUUUUCUGCCGAUUUUCUGUCAUUUACAGGCAGGCGAUGUCUCAUGUCCUGCUUUGACACAAAACCUUAUGUUGAGCCGUCGGGGUUUCUUUGCCUGCAAUUGGGGAAAGAGGGGCAGGAGCGGGGGGUUAUUCUCCUGAAAAGGGGCUCGUUGUUGAUGCUGAUGCCUGGUGGCUGGAGAUGAAACCUGUCUUUCUUCUCACCUUCUUUUAGUGACCGUUUUCUUUGCGCUUCAUUAGAGAGUUAGAACGAACAAAAUAAAUAGGAGUAUCAUCUGUCUUUCUUCUCCACAAUAUGAGUAUCAUCGUCUUUCUUCUCCACAAUAAAUAGGAGUAUCAUCUGUCUUUCUUCUCCACACUGAGUAUCAUUUGACUUUCUUCUCCACUUCUUUCAGUGCGAGUUAGGUGUGUGCUUUAUUAGAACAAGUAAAAUAAAUAGGAUAUCGAAAAGAGUUGCUUCAUUGAAGUUCAUACUGCUGGCCAGCAUGAGUAGCCGGAGUCCUCUGUACGUAUGCAAGACCGAUGGCGUCACCCAUCAUAGAAUUGAUGGCAGGGGCGUGUGUUUGUUCAAGUUGGCUGCCGCUAUUGUCCUGUGGCGGUCCUCUACUUUUGCUUUGAAAUAAGGGCACAAUGGGGAGCACACACAGCCGAGGCCUGGACAGAAAGGAGUCCUUCGAAAGCCGGAAAUGGAAUGCAGCACCUGCAUUUGUUUUGUACUCGAGCGGACGCUUCAUCAAAAGGUGGAACAGGGAAAAGAGCAGAGUCUGAUCUAUUGUGAAAGCGGAUCUCAGAGGUGGAACGGGGAAAAGAGUGGAGGCCUCGUUCUCUAUUUGACAUUCAAGGCCUGCAGUUUCGAAGAUUUUGUUAUUCAAGUUUGAUCAUGCAUUGCCUUGCCUGUUGUCCGUGGCUCUGGCUGUUUGGUAUUUUGUCUAUUGGCAGUCAUGUACUUGAAUUAAACACUCGAAAGAUAGGAGCGAAGCUCAGCAAACAAGUCUGGAGAUAAAAUGAACCCAUUUCUGUCAUGUACUUGAGUUAAAAGUUAGGGCUCAUAGGAGCAAACAACGAUGGAGACAACGCAAACACAUCUCCAGCAUGUGGUGGCAAUCAUGUGUUUGAGAUGUCGUGAAGCACAGGUGUAUCAAAGCGUAAUGAGGAAGAACCACUUCGCGUGUUCACGGCAAAUGCUUGCCGGCUUGCAGUAAGUGUUCUCUAUCGUCUGUCGGGCGGGAUUUCGAGGCGGAUGUUCUGAAGCUGUGAAAUGAGGGGAGAGAGGAAGGAUGGGCGAUAUGCUCUUGCAUUUGCGGCAAGCCUCUGCUGGCAUGAGGGCCCAGCAGUGAACUUAAAACUGUGAAAAUGUGGGUCUAAUCGUAAGGCAGGAAAGAGGGAGGAGUACUUGGCGUCUGUGUGUCUGAGGUGAUAAUAGGACAGCAUUCGAGAUCACCUGCCUGUUUUCGAGUGAGCGUUUGCUGCUGUCUUGUUGGCAAUCAUGCACUUGGACUGUAGCAUAGCUUACCUUGAGGAAGGGACGACGAUUCAGCGCCAUGUACUGUCAAGGACACAGUCAAUAGUAACCGAGUGAAAUGGGUGUGGUGUGAUGUAGGAGUGCAAGGCAGGGGACGAGAGAGGAGGUUACUGUAUCCGAUGAAGCUUUGAGUCGGUCGUUAGUAUUGAAAUCUGCUUGUACAUGGAAAGAUUCCUCCUUGUGGUAUCUUCCCUUUGAGUGUUGCAAUGCUAGAGGGGAUAGACAGAUGUGGUUAUUGCUUGUAUGUUGCUCGAUUCUGCGUGCCAAAUGUGGAUAGAGUUUUGUGUGCGCAAACAAAGAAACUUUAACGAAGACGGUUUGGAAUCGGGUGCGUUUUUGUACUAUCCCUGGAGGACUAUGUGUGCCUUAUAGUACUUUAGUCUGAUUAGUGUUUCUUUGUCAACGAUUGCCACGACAGUGCAAGUGCAGAGGUUGCAAGGGGGAAUCCGCUCUCCUGUGUCAUCUCCUGUGCGGUCGAAGGCUUGUACUUAUCUUGGGGUGAAAGAGUUGUAGGGAGGAAUACCUGCUGGUUCGGUGUACUGCCCAAGCGGGGAUACCUGGCAGUGUGUUAAAAGCUUUCCAGCCAGGUUCGGACUAUGGACUACUUCUUCAGCCAGGUUCGGACUAUGGACUACUUCACUGGGGGUUCAAUUUGCUGCUCAAGUGGGUAUAUUUCCAGCCAGGUUCGAACGAGGGAGUAUGUCUUUGACUGGUGGUUCCAUGCGGCUCCAACUAAGGGAGUAUGCCUCGCAUUGGUGGUUCCAUGUACUGCCCAAGCGGGGAUACCUGGCAGUGUGUCAAAAGCUUUCCAGCCAGGUUUGUUAUGUGCACCUGGAUCUGAUCUUCAAUGGAUGUUCAUGUGUAUGGCUCCGCAUCAAGAAUAUCUGGAUUCCAUCUUUGAUAAGUAUCUCAUGCGGCCAUGCAUACGGCUGCACACUCACCCUGAUGCCUCUUAUCUGUUUAAAAAAAAAAAAAAAAAAAAAACGCCAAAUACUCUUGUAGCUGGCUUCUUGAGGGGCACUCAGAAAAAAACAUGCCACCAAUGAGAACGACAACAGCAACAGCAAACAAAGUUUAACAAACAGAGGCUUAAACCACUAGCACAUUUCUUAACCGGCAUGGAUAUCAAAGGGCCUCCUCCUUGUCAGAUGAUUAUGGUUCAUUGAUGAUCAAUCUGGUGGCAACGGUGUGUUCUUCCAUUUGCACAAGCCGCAGACCGUGUUUGUCGUCUGUCACGGAAAGAAUGCCAUCAGGGUUCAGAUUCUUCAGAACCAUAUGCAUGUGAUGGAGACCUGAUAUGGCGUCGAGCGUUGCCAUGCCGCGAGUCGUCAGUUGGGUCCCUUUGAAGGUAGUAGAACGCUGGUUUAAGGUUCCUGUUUGAGUUAGAAAGACAGAUUCUAACUCGUAGAGAAUCGGACCUCAGUGUAGCUUGGUGUUAACAGUACCAUGAUAAGAGUGCUUAAGAGGGGCCUCUGACUGCUGUCAGACCUGGCUGAUAAAUGCAGUGAGGCCCU